AUGCAGCCAUUGAAGUUAUUGUUUGUACUAUUAUUGUCCAGCGUCUCUGUACGAGCAUUCUGGUGGUCUACUAGUCAGACGAGUGAUCCACCAGUGGCCAGCAAACAGGUGCAAUAUGUGCGGGCCUUUACCUACCAACCGGUGGCGUUUCCGGCCCACUCGCUGCUGGCACCACCGUCACCGUACAAGUUCAUCCAGGCCAGCCCAGCGUCCAUCAUACCGACGGCAAAGCAGAUCGCUCCAGUACAGUCCCCAACCCAACCCGUGCAGCCGGUACAGCAGCAAAGCAGCAGCAGCCCGUUCAGCAGUUUUUUUGGCAACGCCUUCGGUGGUAUGGGCCAAUCCGGUAGCGGGAACUCCGUCACGGGACAUCCAAACUCGGUGCCGACGUUCCAACAGCAGCAGCAACACCAGCAACAUCAGCAACGCUUACAGCAAGUCCAACAGCAGCAGCAGCAGCAACAACUUCAGCAGCAGCAGAUAGUACAUACACCACCAGCACCUCCAGUAACUCCGCCACCGAGUGACGAACCCAGCGUCAGCCUGGGUGGCGUUGCGCCGUCGGCUGGAUUUUACGGCCAGCAGCAUCCGAGCAAGUAUCCUUACUUCACCAUGGAUCAGGUGCAGUACCUUUCGAGCCUCCCGUCGAAUGCGCCGCACACGCCCCAGGUGCAGUUCGUGCCCUGCAUGUGCCCGAUCGCGGUGAACGUGCAGAGUCACGGCGAGGUCGCUGACAAGCGGUUAGACGAGACGACUACAACCGACGCGGAAGUGGUCGUACCGAGCGGUGAAAGUGAGAAGUGA